UGACAGUCUUCGGUCUUACACUUUAACCUUUGGAAAAGAAGGAGAUUAAAGCUUCCCAUACAUAAAUACGUGUUUCUAAUGCACUAAUGUCAAAUGGCAGCUGUGGGGACAUGGUCUUUCUCUCGUCCUGCAGUGGAGAGAAUGAGGUGUAUGCUGCUAGCUGGACAAAAUGCUACAGAUGUUGUAGAAACAGCAAUGGCAGAGGUGGAAGAUGAUAUAGACACGGGACAGCACAUUGUUGGCAGAGGAGGAUAUCCAAAUUUCAAGGGAGUGGUUGAAUGUGAUGCUGCAAUAAUGGAAGGUGUGCCAGGACGAUUUGGGGCAGUGGCUGCACUUCAAGGAAUUGCACAGCCGUGUCGUGUAGCUCGCAAAGUAAUGGAGAAGAGUCCUCACAGCUUGCUUGUUGGAGAUGGAGCAGAAGCAUUUGCUCGGGAAUCGGGUUUUACAUCUGAACCCAAUGCCAAUAUGCUUUCCGACCAUUCAGCUGCUGCUUACCGGGAAUACCUUGAAAAACAUAAACCUAUUAGAGGUGGACAUGAUACAAUAGGUCUUAUAGCUCUUGAUCGAAGUGGUAACAUAACAGUAGGAGUUUCCACAUCAGGAGCUCCCUUCAAAUCACCAGGGCGGGUGGGAGAUUCUCCACUUCCAGGCUGUGGUCUAUACGCAGACCAUACAGUGGGUGCAGCAGCAGCUACAGGUGAUGGAGACAAAAUCAUGUGCUACUGCCCAAGCUUUCAUGUUGUGCAGCUGAUGAAACAAGGCUCAUCUCCUAAUGAAGCAUGUCACACUGUGCUUGCCGAUAUACAGAGGAGAAUAGGUGGUGAUAAAUGCUUUGAAAUUGGGCUUAUUUCACUGAAUAUUAAGGGAGAGGUCGGAGCUGCAUCUUCAGUUGAAUUUCCCUACACAUUCUGGAGCCAAGGGUUGAGUUCAGUGGAGGAGCUAGUCAUUAACAGAAAUCCAUAAAUGUUUAAUUUCCACUCAUUAAGUAUGUGGUCGGUCAUAAAACGUCAUUACUUUUUAACAUUUGUGUUGACCUUUCAGUUCUUUGUAUGAAAAACACUCUGUUCAUUUUUUCUCACAAUCAAUAAAAAUUAAUCUGGUGGC